AUGAAAUCUAAAUAUGCUAGUAUUAAUGAACCACUAGUAUAAUUAAGUGGAAGUUCAUUAGAGGCAGAGCAAAUGGAUUACAUGAUAAAAAAGAAAGACCAACAAAAAAAUAUUUCUAUUAUUUGUGAAAAUAAAAAUAUUAGUGAUUCAAGCAAAAAUUCAAGCCUUUAUUAGAAUAAUUUAAAAAGUUAGGACUAGAGAUCAGAUUAUGUGAUUGAAAGAAGAUUAAGUAGUAAAAAAAUGAGUUGGAGAAAACGAUUAGUUAGAUUCUUCACGCAAUCUCAAGAGAAAAACAUAAAUUAUGAAAAUCCCUCUAAUUUCUUUAAUUAAGUAAUUUAAGAUUUGUCUAACGAUAAUAUUGGAUUUGAAUAAAAAGGAAUGAAAAGAUACAUAAGUGGAGAAAAGACAUAGGAUAUUUAAAAUCCUUCACCAUACCCUAUGUUUAAUUGUGAAAGCCCUUAUUUAAUAUUUUGGGAAAUAUUAGUAUAUUCACAGUGUGUCAUUUACUUUUUUUUGAUUCCUCUAGAAAUAUUUUUCCCUGAUCAAGUUAGAAACCACUAAAUAACUCAAAUAUUUUAACUAAUAUUAAUAAGUCUCUUGACUAUCAAUUUUUUCUAAGUAUUGAACACAAGCAUGUAUAUUCAUGGUGAACUAAUUAAAAAUAGAGCUGUCAUUUUUAAAAAAAGAAUUCGUAACUGGCAGUUUUUUAUUGAUGUUAUUUGCCUCACAAUAAUUAUUCUCGAUAUGUUGAUUUAAGAAACUCGCUUUCCCUCUUUUGCUAUAGUUUUUUACUUAAAAAUAACAACGAUAUUCAGAUUUGAUAAAAAAUUUCUCAAUUUAAUAUAGCUGAUGAGAAGAAUGAAAGCAGGAUACUUGCUAAUCAGACUUACUUGUGGAAUUAUGUUUCUUUGUCAUAUUGCAGCCUGUAUUUAUCUUAAAGUUGGAUAAUACUAACUGAAUGGAUAUUCUUAAGAUUAAAUUGAUGACGAUAAACCUUAAUCUUGGCUUGCUCCUUAUUUGAAAUAUCCUUUCUUUAUUUAAUUUUUAUGGGCCUUAUAUUGGGCUGUAACGACAAUUUUGACUGUAGGAUAUGGAGAUAUUACUCCAAAGGAACCAAAUGAAGUUGUGGUUACUAUAAUAUGCAUGCUUAUUUCUUGUGUUAUAUUCGCUUAUUGCAUUAAUAGUAUUUGGGAAAUUUUACAGGAUCUAAAAAAAAAAGAAGUUAAGUACAUGGAAAUAAUGAAUGCAAUUAAUAGAUAUAUGAGAGAUAAAAGUGUAAAUACUUAACUCAAGUUGAAGAUUAGAGCUUACAUUUAGUAUUACUAUAAAAAAUAAAAAUCAAGAGAUGAAGGUAUGGAGCAAGUAAUUAUUAGUAAAUUACCACCUAAUUUAAGAGAAGAGCUUAUUUAUUAAUCUCAUAUUGAGAUUUUUGAAAAAGUUAAUUGGAUGAAGUAUUUUUCAGAAGAAUUUAUAAAGAAUUUAGCAUUCUAAAUAGAAGAAUAUCACUAUCCUGAGAGAGAACCAAUUUAUUGUAUGGGAGAAGAUUUAGAUAAUGAAUUCAACACUUAAGGUUUGUACUUUGUCAAAGAAGGAACUGUAGAGUGUUAUAUUCCUUAUAGUGAAGGAAAAACAGAAAAUGCAGUCUUUGAAAGAUAAUUAGUAUAAGAAAAUGGGUAUGGAAUAGAUACCCUAAAAUAAUAAAGGAAAAAAAACCUUGGAAUACCUAUUAAAUCUCUAAAAAAAGACAUUUACUUAAAAAAUUUAGUGAAAAACUAACAUUUUGGUGAAACAAGUAUUUUUUUGAAUGAACAAAUUCCUUUUUCUGUAAAGAGUGUAGAUUUUUCCACUGUCUAUAAAAUUUCAAGAAAAAAUUUCAUUGAAACAAUUAAAAAAUUUCCAGAUGAUUAUGAGAUAUUUUGUGAGAUCAAAGAUGAACUUGAAUUCAGACAGUACAGAAAGAGAUUUCCCAAAUUUAAUUGUGAAUAUUGUAAUAAGAAUACUAAAAUAGACAAUUACUAACAUUAAAUAAUUGAAUGUCCAAAUAUUAUACCUCAUAUUUGCUAGAGAUAACAAAAUAUUGAUUUUGUCAAAAAUUAAAAUGAAAUACAAGUAAGAAACAAAAGUUUCAAAAGAUUAAAGAAAAGAGAAUUACAUAGUAUAAGAAAUAUUUAUCUCAUUCAAUCUUUUGCAAAAAGGGCAGCUUAAAACUUUGGUGAUUAUUUACUCUUUGAUGAAAUUAGCUUUUCUAGAAGCUCUUUUAUUAGUUAAACUUCUCAGCAAGCAAUUUUAGAAAAAGAUGAUGAAAGUGAGAAUGAAGAUUCAUAACCUAUCAAACCAAAGAAAGUACGUAGGAACAAUCAUAAGUUUAGAACUCUUACUGAAGAUGUAUCAUCACCAAAAGUUUAGUCAUUGUAAGAUUAAGGAGAUCCUUUCUUUUCUAUAACUAAUUAAGACAAUCUGGAUAUUGAUUAAUAACAUUACUAUAGCGAAUAAGAAGAAUAUUAAGAUGAUAUUCCUAUCUCAAACAAAAGAUAUAGCCAAGAUUUUGUUGCUAUAAUAUCAGAUGAAGAUACUUAUGGGUUUUCAAAAAACAAAACAAUAUCCUCUUAAUAGUUCAAAGGCCAUAAGCAAAAAGAUGGCAAGCUUAUAAAUUAAUAUAAUAAAGAUUAGAAAUAAAAAUAAGAAGAUAUAAAUAUAGCUAGAAACUAAUCCAGCUAACAUAAUUAGAAUGAUUAAAAUAAAUACAGUAAUAUUUAGGGUAUUAAUGUUAGAAAAUAAAAAUACUCAAAGUAAUAUUUUGGUUCAUAAGUGAGAUUAGAAUCAAGCUAAUAAAAGCUACAAUAAAAUGCUUAAACUAAAAGCAUUAAUGUAGUUAGUUCUGAAAAGUAAACUUAGCUAGUUUAAGAAACUACAACAAGCAAUAAUGUGAUUAAUUAACAACAAUCCAUCUAGAAUACGAUAGAAUCUUAUCUUGCUGAAAUUAAGUAAAUGAUAAAGAAUGAAAUUCAAAAGAAUAAAUAACAGAGUUAGGUACUAAAACAGCCAUAAAACUACAAUUCCAUCAAAGAAAACUAAGACACUUUUGGCAACCACUUAAUUCAAACUUAAUAAUUAAAUAAUUUACCAAACGAUGCAGAAAAUUAUAUAAAUUAAAAUAGAAAUUAAUUAAAUUUAAAUGAUAAUUAAUAGUCGAUAAUUGAUGAUUAAGACCUAUUUAUCUAGGAGUUUGACAAAAUGUUUAAAUUUAAAACUUACAAAACAGACUACAACUACGAUAUUGUGAUUGAUAAAUUUAAAAGAUAAAGAAAAAGAGUUUUAAAGCAAACUUAAAGGUAAAAUAAUGGACGUAGAGCAACAUAAUCAAAGGCAAACUUAAAAUCUAGGAAAUCUUCCAUUAAUACAGAUUUAGGAUUUUCUAAAGCUAAAAAAAAUAAUAAAAAAGACAGAACUAAGAACAGUUAAUUAAAUGAUCUAUGA